AUGAAGGUGGUGGAGCAGUAUGUGAAGAAUUUCCUGGAUGUGUACCAGAGGGAGCCAAAGUUCCUGUUCACCUUCCAGGGAAUGCUGUCACAUGAUGAUUACAACCGUAUUGGAGCAGUAGAUAAUGACUUCUUGGUCUUCCUGCAAUGGCUCAAUGAUUCAGGACAUCUCAAUAACACCCUCCUCAUUGUCAUGAGUGAUCAUGGCCACAGGCAAGAUCUCUUUGAGUAUAUUACAAGAGAUGCACUCAAGUACACUGCAGUGGGACAAAAGGCCAUAUUCCUGGCCAAAAUAAAAAAGUUUGCAGAAUUCAGGGCCACUCACCAAGGGAAGAUGGAGGAGCGCAUGCCCUUCUUUUCCUUCCGUUUCCCCUCCUGGUUCCACCAAAAAUAUCCCAAGGCCAUGGCCAAUUUCAGGCGAAAUGUGGAGCUCCUGUCAACUCCUUUUGACAUUCAUGAGACACUCCUGAAUGUAAUACACUUCAAGGGAGAAGACCACAGGAAUGAUGUUGAGCAGAGAGCCCUCAGCCUCUUUGCACCAAUCCCAGUGGAGAGAACAUGUGGGAAUGCAUUCAUUGAGCCUCAUUGGUGUGCCUGCCUCCACUGGAAACCCAUCCCAAAUUUCAAGGUUGACCCCAUGGUUCAGCGUGUUGCGCAACAUGUCAUCAACACCAUUGAUGAGUUCAACCAGAACUCAGGUGGACAGGACCUGUGUGCCAGGCUUCAAUUGGGUGACACCCUCUGGGCUGCAGUCUUUCACUCUAGUCCAAAACUGCUGGAGUUCAAGAAAACAGUUGACAAGGAUGGCUUCGUGGCAGAGUUGGAUUCACAGAGUGCAACCAAGGCCAGUUAUAUUAUAUACCAAGUGAGUGUGAGGGCAAGUCCUGGUGAGGGUCUCUUUGAGGCAUCCAUCACCCAUCACAUUGAUUCUGACUCCCUACAUGUUAAGAUGGAGGACAUUGGACGAAUCAAUAAAUAUGGACCCCAAGCCCGCUGCCUUUCAGAUCGGUUAGAGCAUCUUCGCAAGUUCUGCUACUGCCUUCAUGACUAAAUUCCUCCUACUCCAUUCAUCCUGCAUUCCAUGGAAAAAAUAUCAAGGUUUAUGCCACUUUGAAGAAGGGACU